ACACACCAUUUCACAGGCAACCUUUUGCUUCUUCUCCUAAAGUGUAAACCAAACUACACACACAUUCUUGCAUUGUUAAGUAAGAAAGGAACACUUUCUCUAAUAGUAACCCUAAUUCCUCCCCUACUUUAAAACCCAACUCAAUUUCUUACUACCUCGUACCUAAUUAAAAUAAAAUAAAAUAAAUAUUUCCCUCCACCAAACAUGGCCUCUCUCAAUGAUGGCGAGCACCACAAGCAAAAGAGUCUCGACCAAGAGGUGAGAGAAAUGAUCUCGACUCUCACCAACCGCCUCGGCAGCAUUCAACGGUCCCACCCCAAAUCCUCGUCAGCAGCGGGGGGCUCGGGCCCCCACGAUGACGAGGACGACGACGGCGACAGAGGGGUCCGCAUCAUCACCCUGGCGGGGACCAACCUAGGGGCCACCAUGCGCGGGGGAGAAACAGACGAGAACAGUACCGGGCCGGGCGAGCAAGGCCUGGCCCGGCCCGGGCAAGAGGAGGAGGAGGACUUUGCCACAUACGGAACAGUAUCUUUCAAGCCAUCUACAGUCUAUCAUGCCACCACCAACCAAUCAUGCUCCUCCAGAAUCCACCAUAUCUGCCGCCUCUGCCUUAUGCUCCGCCGUCCCGGCUGCUGCCAGACGCUCCGCAGCGUCUUCGGCAUGGGUUUGGCGAUCUACCUCAACAGAACCUCCAACUUCUACCUCCCCGAUUCCAACACUUCGUCUUCCUGCAUGUCUGAUUUCCAGGAGAAGCUUCUGUCAAUGUCGAUUUCCGUUCCGUUUUACCCCGCCUGCUACGACACGAACUUCUUCGUCAAUAAUCCGGUCACCAGCUGCGCCGGGAUCCGUACUGUAGACGAUUGGACCAGAAUCGUCGAUCCGUACAUCCAACUCGAAUCCGUCUGCAAUGGGGAUCUCACCCGGUUGACCCAGUGCAGUAUGUGUAGGGAUGCGGGCUUGGGGAAAAUGGUGGAUGAAGUUGUGGUGGUGGGUGUGGGGGUAAUUCUGUCAUUUCACUUAAGUCAACGAGCCAGUGCACACAAAGGGGCGGUGGGCUGA